UCUGCUAUUUAUGCAUACAAUUGUUAGGAAUAAUAGUUUAUAUUGCACAGCCACGAAUAUAUUGCAAAGCCUUCUGUCCCCGUGCCUUCUGUGGAUGUUGAUAAACUAACGAAGGCCCAAGCUAAACGCGAGUAAGCCGUUGGCAGUAAUAUGUACCUUUGAAUAAAUAUUAUUAUUAUUAUUGAAAGCAAAUUUUAUCUCCUUUAUUCCAGGUUUUUUUCUGUCAUUGUAUCUUUUUAAAUGGAUUCAAAAUCAACGGGGCAUUUAACAUCAGAUAUAGCUUGUGCCUCAUGCCGAGUAUUUCAUUAUGAAAACGCAGCUGAUGCAUACCUUUGGGUGAAUGGAACCGCUUUGGCUGGUUUUAAAAGAUUUACAGAGCAACUGACACAAGCAGUAUGGCGACGUUAUUUCAUGAAGUUAACUCUUUGUAGUAAUCAACGUAUUUGGAAUAUCAAUGGCUAGAUUCGUGCGAAAUGCUGGGAAAUUGAAUUUGUACUUUUAUGGAUGUUUCAUUAUAAUCUAUCUGUUUCUUUUGCCAUAUUGUAAUUGCACUACAGAUGAGAAAAGUUCAAAGCACGAUAGCAAAGCAGACAAUAUAAAACUCAAGGCUCUCCAUAGCUCAAAAGAUCAUCUUUCCAGACACGUCGCUGGAAAGCUGAAGAAUAUUAAGGCCGCGUCUUCUUUUUUUGGCAAAGCUAAAACGCGGAAGAACGCACCGAGGAAAACGUUUGUGGAUAAAAAUGGUGAGAAGCGUGAUAACUUUGUGACAAUUCCCGAACCGUUUCCUGUGAAUAGGUUUGAAGAACAGCCGUAUUUGGAUCGACACACGAACUACGUUCCUCAACCAUACCCCGUGGAACAUGUGCAGUAUGUUGCAAAACCCAUUGCUGUUCCUGUCGAGGUUCCUAAUCAGUUGAGAGUUCAGCAUUUUCAUAUCCACAAGGAUCUUCACAGAAAUCCUUGUCUGAAUGGUGGUAUUUACGCCGUGGUCCAUCACGAUUACAUCUGUAUUUGUCCUAAAGAAUUUCGAGGAAAGAACUGCCAAGACAGGAAUUACUGUUCCUCAGGCCCCUGCAAGAACAACGGCGCGUGCGAGGAGAUGGUUAAUGGAUAUAAAUGUCUAUGCGCACGAGGUUUCAUGGGUAAUCACUGUGAAGAAAAGAAUCCUUGUCAGCCAAAUCCUUGUAAAAGCGGUGGAUCGUGCACAAUCUCUGACGAAGAUGAAGGAUUUCAGUGUAUCUGUAGUUCUGGAAACAAAGGAAAACGCUGUGAACUGGUCGACAAGUGCAAGCCAAGUCCUUGUAAAAACGGUGGAACUUGUGAAGAACGAGAAGGAAAGUCCAUAUGCUUGUGUACGCACGAAUACAAAGGCCCCACAUGCCAAGAGGAAAGGCAGUGCUUCCAGCAGCCCUGUCUGAAUGGUGCCACGUGCUUGGAGCAUGACGAAGGUUUUAACUGCACGUGUCCAGCCGGGUUUACUGGAGAGUUUUGUGGAGAACACGUUUGUCAUCCAAGUCCUUGUAUGCACGAAGGAAGAUGCUCUGUGGAAUCUGGUCAUUUUAAAUGUGUUUGUCCUCCACUGUUUAAAGGCGAUGUUUGCGAAAUUCCACAUCCCUGUCACAUUCGACCGUGUCUUAAUGGAGCUCUCUGUGUCGAUUCCUUCAGCGGAUACAAUGGUUAUCCUUCAAAAUGGAACCAUGGUUCAUUGCAUUACCUUUGCAUCUGUCGUCCUGGUUAUACAGGGUUAAAUUGUGAAGUUGAUGUAUGCAAGAACUGUGAUCCAUACGCCAAGUGUAUAAACAACACAUGCAUCUGUAAUCCUGGUUAUAAAGGAGAUGGAUUCCACUGCCAACGUGAAGCUCGGUUAUGUCACCCCAAUCCUUGCAAGAAUGGAGCAACAUGCAAGGAGAAUCCUCAAGGUGGUUACGACUGCCUUUGUAUCGGCGGUUAUUCUGGCUCCAAAUGUGAAGAAAAGAAUCCGUGCAUCCCAAGUCCAUGCCGUCACAAAGGACAGUGCGUGGCUCUACAGAACGCUGAUUACAGAUGCGUUUGCCAUUCUUCUAGAUACAGUGGAAAAGACUGUGAAAAAAUCACUGAUUCGUGUCUUCCUAAUCCGUGUCUUAACGAUGGAGAAUGCAUCAAUGAGGAUGGAAAACCAGCCUGUAAAUGCAAAGGAAGUUUCAGUGGACAGUUUUGUGAAACUUGUAAAUGUCCGAAAUCAUUGGCCCCAAACACCGCUGAUUUGAUAUGUGACGCUGUGGGAGAAUGCGUGUGUCCUGGAGGGUUUACUCGGGAUUCAAAGGGACAGUGUUUGGCUGCAAGGGCUUAUUCGCCAUGUCUGAACAAACCGUGCAAGAACGGAGGGACUUGUAGACGAAUCAGCGGCAGUCAAUAUGAAUGUGUUUGUGCUUCACCUUGGAUUGGCAACAGCUGCGAGACAAACGGUUGUUCUCCUAACCCUUGUUUAAAUUCUGGGACUUGUUAUGUUGAGGACAAACUGAGAAAGUGUCAUUGCAAAUUGCCAUACACUGGUCCUCGCUGUGAGGAAGAUCCGACCAAUGUUGGUAAAUCACCAAAGCGGGAGGUCUGCCAUCCAAAUCCGUGUGAAAAUGGCGGAUUAUGUCAGGUCGUUGUUGGAGGUUACGAUUGCAACUGUCCAGUUCAGUUCACUGGAGCUCAUUGCGAAGUUGACAAGUGCUCCAAGUGUGAUGCAGAAGCUUUGUGUAUCGCUGGGAUUUGUCGUUGUAAGAAGGGUUACAUAGGGACUGGAUUCCACUGCGUUGAAGCUGGUGGUUCAUCAAGCUGUAAGACAUGUCCUUCAAACGCGAAAUGCUUUCAAAAUGUCUGCCAGUGUACUGAUGGUUUCGCAUUUAAAGGGGACCAGUGUGUAGCGCUCAUAUUUCCUGAGACGGAACAAACUACUGAGACCGAACAAACUGUGACAACACCACCGACAUCGUCGAUUACACCCACAAUAUCACCAACAACACCCCCGAUUACAAACCCUACGUCUGUUCCCACCCUCUCAACUUCCCUCCCCACACUUCCUCCAAAUGUUCCUACCACUCUUCCAAACCCAACUCCUCCCUUUACAAACCCUGCUCCUCCUCCCUCUCCUCCAAACCCUGCUCCCCCACCUUCUCCUCCUUCCCCUCCUCCAAACCCCGCUCCCCCACCUGCUCCUUCACCACCUGCUCCUCCACCACCUGCUCCUCCACCCCCUCCUCCACCUGCUCCUCCACCACCUCCUCCGAAUGUUGCUGCUCCUCCACCCUCUCCAAAUCCUCCACCACCGCCUCCUCCCGUUGCCCCACCUCCUGCCCCACCUGUUGCACCUCCUCCCCCUCCUCCUCCACUUCCCCCAUCAUCUUCCGGCCCUCCUCCCUCCCCACCCGUCACUUCAGGAGCUUCCCCACCGUCAACCUCAUCUUUAAAACCUCCACCUUUACCACCAUUCUACAAUGACUUCUACAAAAGAUCAAAAAUAGCACAAAAAUAA